UAAAUCUCAAAACCCAAUUAUUGAACCACGGUCUACUCAAAAUAAAUAGACGCUAGGUAAAGGCACUUCGCUUUAUGAGCUUGUUUCCUUCGUCGAGCACUGCUCAAUAUUCCUAAACGUUAGCUAAGCCGAUGAUCUCCGACAAGAGAGCAGCCAACGCCAUGGGAGGCAAGACGGCCAGAGCCUGCGACGGCUGUUUGCUAAAGCGAGCUCGUUGGUAUUGUUCAGCCGAUGAUGCCUUUCUCUGCCAAGUCUGUGAUACUUCAGUCCACUACGCUAACCAGUUAGCUUGCAGACAUGCAAGGGUUAGGCUUGAAACUUCAUAUUCUAAGUUAAAUCCUUCGGUUACUGCUAAUGAAGAUGCUGCUGCACCGGCAUGGCACCAAGGUUUCACUCGAAAGGCAAGAACCCCAAGGCAAAACAAGGCAAAACUGUUGCAUUUGAACCCUAUUGAUCCUCUUGUUCCUGAUACUUGUGAAGAUGGGUCGGGCGAUGAGAACGAAGAAGAGCAGCUGAUUUGUAGAGUGCCUGUGUUCGAUCCUUUUUCUGCAGAAUUGUCUGAUAUGGUAAAUGAAAAUGGGAAUUUAGUGGUUGAUGGAUUUAUGCCAUCAGAUUUGGAUCUUGACCAUUUUGCUGCUGAUGUUGAGAGCUUACUAGGAGUUGAAUUGUUAGACUGCAAAGAGGAAGAUGAAAGUAUUGGUUUCCAUGAAAGCAGAACAAUGGAAGUUAAAGAAGAAGAAGAAGAGGGUAUUAUAGCAGCUUGUUGCUUUGAUUCAGAUUUUGAUGUAACAAGAGCAUCCCUAGAAUGGAGCUUCGGUUACGCGUCACCGACAAUCGAUCACCUCCAGGGGGGAGAGAAGGUGGUUCCAGCGACGGAGACACCAAUAACGGACGGUGAAAGUAAGGCAGAAGUGAAGAGGAACAUGCUACUGAGGCUGAAUUACGAGUCUGUCAUCGCUGCAUGGGAAUGCCAAGGCUCUUCCUGGACAUCUGGAAGUAGACCCGAAUUCAACCUAGAUGAUUUCAUGGGGUCGAAUCAUAAAGAGAGCACAGCAGGAAUAUGCAGCAUGGGAAAAAGAAAUGUUGAAGACGGUGAAAGAGAGGCAAGGUUAUCGAGGUACAGGGAGAAACGGAGGAGGAGACUGUUUUCGAAGAAGAUAAGGUACCAAGUGAGGAAGUUGAAUGCUGAGAAAAGGCCUCGAUUCAAAGGCAGAUUCGUCAAGAGACCUUCCUUUCUUGGUCGGGACUGCUUUUCCUAAUGUACCAGUUAAUUUCAUGGAUGAACGAUGCUGCCAAAUCUUGAUGUUUGUUUCUUUGCAAGAUUUAGCAGGAGCAGGAGCAGGAGCAGGAGCCGAUACCCAGAU